AUGGACCUAAAAAACAAGGAUCAAGGCUAAAAAAUAAUAUUAAAAAAAAAGGCUGGACUUAAAUUAAAAAAGACUCAUCAAUUGCCUGACAGAAUAUUGACAGAUGCCCUAGUUACACCAUCAACAAAUGUUAGGGAAUCUCGAGAAAAUAAUCUCUUAUAAGGUUUGAUAUCGCCGUGUGAAGAUGAAACAAAAAAUCGAUUCAACUUCUUCAACAGCAGUUCACAAAAAUAAUUAGUUACUAUUAAAAAAGUAGAUCCGAUUGAAUAGAUCAAGAGGAUAAUCUCUGAGAAUGAAAGACUUCGAUUAACAAUAAAUUAGAAACAGAAAAUAAUUGAUACGAGGAUGAGACAAAGAAAAGAGAUACCUGAGCUGAUUUUAUCUCAAAGAAAUUCACGUAGUUUAUUGCAGACUCAUGAGAAAUAGAAUACUGCAGAUGAUUACGGAUACUUUUUAGAUAAACAAUCAAUCUCUCAAAAUUACAAACGUUCUAUGCUGCCUCAAAUUGAAUCUAAGCAAAGUUCACCAAGUACUCGAGAUGAGUGUGCAUUCACAUUUGCGAAUAACUUCUUUAUAAAGGAACAAAAAGUUUCGCCUAAAAAAAUUAACAUGAUGCAAGCCUUUCCUUAAUUGCAUUUGUAGAGAAAAUUUUUUACUUGA